UUCCGUUAUGUGGGUCACAUACCUGUGCUGUGCCGUUUGUGUCCAAAAACCGAGAAAGACAGGGUUUAAGAGUAACGUUUCUUGAAAGACAGAGCUUCAGGUAACGUUGACUAGCCUACGCCCCUGCGUCAAGAAGGCUGAAAAAUGUCAACCAAGGAGGAAGGAGACGGUAAAAAUGGUCGACCUCUUGUGUCCAGUGAAAGAAUGGCCACUGACAAAAACAGCGAUAACCGGAGCCAGCAUGGAGUCGAGGCAACGGGCACCACCACGGACACCAGCACGGCAGCAAAGAACCUUGCUUUGCUCAAAGCUCACUCUCUAGAUGUGAAGUUCGACGUCGGGGAGGAGUAUGAUGUCAUAGAAACCAUUGGAACUGGGGCCUACGGAGUUGUUUCAUCUGCCAGGAGAAGGGACAAUGGCCAGCAGGUGGCGAUAAAGAAGAUCUCCAACGCUUUUGAAGUGGUGACAAAUGCCAAACGCACCUUGCGAGAAUUGAAGAUUCUCAAGCACUUCAAACAUGACAACAUUAUCGCUAUCAAAGACAUCUUGCAGCCAAACCUUCCUCACUCUGCCUUCAAGUCUGUGUAUGUGGUGCUGGACCUCAUGGAGAGUGACCUGCACCAGAUCAUACACUCUGCCCAGACGCUAACCCCAGAGCACACACGCUACUUCCUGUACCAGCUCCUCCGUGGCCUUAAGUAUGUGCAUUCUGCCAACGUCAUCCACCGUGACCUCAAACCCUCCAACCUGUUGGUGAACGAAAACUGUGAGUUAAAAAUUGGCGACUUCGGCAUGGCAAGGGGUCUCAGCUCACACCCUGAGGAGUCUCAUUCCUUCAUGACCGAAUACGUGGCGACUCGGUGGUACCGUGCUCCUGAACUCCUGCUGUCUCUGAAUCACUAUAGUUUGGCCAUUGACUUGUGGUCUGUUGGUUGCAUCUUUGCUGAAAUGUUGGGCCGGAGGCAGCUUUUUCCCGGGAAGCACUAUGUGCACCAGCUCCAGCUCAUUUUAAGUGUGUUAGGCACUCCUCCCGAGGGUUUAAUUUGUGGUAUUAGGGCUGACAGGGUGCGCUCCUAUGUUCAAAGUCUUCCAUCGCGGUCCGCUAGGCCUUUGGCGGAGCUGUACCCACAAGCUGAACCGCAAGCUUUGGACCUGCUUGGGGCCAUGUUGCGCUUUGACCCUCGUGAACGAAUCAGUGUUACAGAAGCGCUGGAGCACCCUUACCUGUCCAAGUACCACGACCAAGAUGACGAGCCAAUCUGUGUGCCAGCUUUUGACUUUGAGUUUGACAAGCUUCCAAUGAACAAAGAGCAAAUUAAGGAGGCGAUUUUGAUGGAGAUCCAAGACUUUCAUCGGAAGAAGCAGACCUGUCGUCAGAGACUGCAGUUCAGGCCGUUAGCGAGGGUGAACGGCGGCACUUCCACACAAAGCAGUAACCAGUGUAAUGCUCAGUCUGCAUCCGUCACCCUGACCGGAUCAGCGUUGGUUCCUAUGGCACAACACUCACAAACAGCACAGAUACAUCAGCACCAAAUGAGAGAUGUGAAAACUCAGCAGCAAGAGCAAGCACCAGCAGAAGUGAACCAUGUAUUUACAAAUCAGAUGAAAACCUUUAACAAGCCCGCAUCCCCGCCUCAUGGGACCCAUCAUUUGCCUCUUCUCAGUAAGAACGAAAGCGGCCCUGUUGAUGUAGACAUGCCCAGCGCCAACUCUGACAGCGGUCAGCCGGAGACCAUAGAUCUAACAACACCAGUGUCCGGUCAGGAUGCUCCAUCAGAAACGAUGAGAGACAGUGAGGCACAAGAGCAGCUAACAAGCACCCAGGCUUCCCAGAGCCGGCCCAUGGCCCAGGCUCCCAACUCCAUUCCUGCAACACCAGCACAGACCAUGACACCCCUACCCACCACUGCCACUGUGCCUUCCCUUUCUCUCUCUGCGGCACAGGCCCAGUCACUCUCUCAGUCCCUUUCACAGUCAUUGUCCAAGAAUGCCAGGCCUCCUUCAUGUGCUGCAGAUGGAACCAGAAAAGAAGGCGCCAUUUCAGAGGAUACUAAAGCUGCACUUAAAGCAGCCAUAUUGAAAUCAGCUCUCAGACAUAAAGCCAGGGGUGAUGGAGGCACCUCUACUCUGGGCAUCGACGCUUGCGCAGGAGGAGGUGUGUCGUCGUCCCAGUCGUCUGUUCCUGAGUCGCGUCGGCCAGUCACCGCCCAGGAGCGCCAGCGAGAACGAGAGGAGAAAAGGAGGAAGAGGCAGGAGCGAGCGAGAGAGAGGGAGAGGAAAAUGAAGGAAAAGGAAAGAAGAGAGGGAAAACAGGGGGAUUCGCUGGGCGGGGUCUUGCUGAGUGACAACGAUAAAAGCCUUUUACAGCGCUGGACAAAGAUGAUGGACAGCCGCAAUGAGAAGUCUCAUACUUCUAAUAACGAUGGCACAAAGAGUAAGGACUGUAACGUGAACUCCCACAGGGGUGUAGUUAUUGGUGAGAACGCUCAAGGAGCACUGCACAAUAAAACAGACAAGGAAGCGAGGAAGAUUCAGCCUCAUGAACAGUUAAUGUCUCAAGUUAAACCUAACCAGCCGGGCUUAUUUCAGCCUCCCAGCAACCAGCAACCAUCAUUACUGUUCUCCAUGAGCCAGAGGAAGCCUCCAGCGGACAUAGUUGUUGCAGUAAGCGGAGGGCUAGAUGUAAUGAAUGUCACUGGUGGCUUUGUUAAAAACACACUCAAACCUCACAAUGAGAGCAACGGGCAAAGCGGAUUCAACUGUUUGGGGAAUUGGAGCGGGCAGCAAAUAGAGACGAGGCCACAACCACAACCAAACAGGACGCCACAGCCUCCUUCGUCAAGCUUUCUUCAGCCCCAGCUCCAACCUCAGAUCCAAACCCAACCUGACUCUCAGCCUCAGUCACAGCUGCUUCCCCUAGAGAGUUUUUUGUCUAAAGCUCCACCACUAAACACCAGAGAGACAAACGGAAAUGUGGAAAUCAGAGGUCAAAAUAAUGUCAACCCUAGCUCUUUGAAUGCAAGCGCUGGACCAGCAGAGAAGCUUUGUACUUCUGGAGGAGAUAAAACCGGACCACAGACCACAAACGCUCUCUGCGGAGCUUUAGGGGUCCCCUCUCAGCCUCAUCCCAGCUUAGGAUUCACAGAUACUGGACAGCAAGGACCCUCCAUUGCUCCCGACAUCCAUACAGUAACACUGCAGCUCUCAAAGUCCCAGGUAGAGGACGUUUUACCCCCCGUGUUUUCGGUCACGCCAAAGGGCAGCGGGGCUGGGUACGGCGUUGGCUUUGACCUGGAUGACCUUCUCAACCAGUCUCUUACAGACCUACCUUGUGACCGAGACAGUUACGACUCAAUCCCCCUGUCGGCCUCCCUGUUGUCUGACUGGAGCGAGGUUCACCGCAUGACUCCGGCUGAUCUGGAGUCUCUGCAGCAGGAGUUACAGCUCGGAUCUCCCAUGAUCCUCUCUGAUACCAUUCCUCCUGACGGCUGACGUUCCCCUCAAACACAACACUUGGAUUUGUGUAAAUGUUUCUCAUCACAACAACACUUAACAAAUUAAUUUAAAAGCUCUUUUUUUGUUUGUUUGUUUUUUUACUAGGCACUACCAGGCAUUCUUUUUGUUACCGUUACGACAUGCUUUCUUUGCAAUAAAGAAAACUGCAUCAUCA